AUGUCGCUCGCUGCUAGAAAAAGUUUGAAUAACUUAUUGAAAAAAUUUGUGUGGGAUGGAGCUAAAGACAACAAGAGAAUUCCACUUAUCAAUUGGGACACAUUAUGCCUUAUUAAGGAAGAUGGUGUAGCUGACCUUAAGAAAAUGGAAUUACAGAAUUCUACUCUAGGUGCUAAGCUAUCUUGGAAAAUGUGUAAGGAACCUCAAAAAUUGAGGUGCAGGUUGUUCCAAAAGAAGUAUCUUGAUUCAGAAGACACUAACAAAAUUCUCACGAUGGCAAAUACUGAGAGAGGCUCGGCUACCUGGAACUUCUUAUGGGAUUGUAGGCAUAUUAUCACAAAUCACAUCUCAUGGCAAAUUGGUAAUGGCUACACUGUGUUGUUUUGGAGAGACUCUUGGGAUGGGUUUCUAGCAUUAACAGAAACAUUUGAAGACAAGGGAUGGGUUGACAUGGUUGAAAAUUGCAUAGGAAAACAUGUGUGCAAUUACAUGGAAGAUCAAGGUGAUCAAAAUGGCUUGAGGAAAUGGAAAAAAAUCAACAUUGGAAAUCCCUCUUUAUGUGAGCAGUUGUGGAAAGCAAUAAAAGAUAGGAAAAUACCGGAGUCUGUGGAAGAAGAUAUCAUAAUUUUGUGUGCAGUGAAAUCCAGGAUGUAUAGCUCCAAACUUGGAUAUGAAGUUCAAAGGCAAAGAGGCUCCAUUAACACUUGGCCACAUAAACUGUCCUGGAAUCACAAAGUACUUCCAAAAGUCAGGGCUUUCUUGUGGAUCACUCUUCAUAAUAGAAUCCUAACGGGGGAUACAAUAAAAAAUAUUGGGAUCUCGGGCCCCAAUCGUUGUGUUAUGUGUUGUGCAAAGGAAGAAUCAACAAAUCAUCUACUAUUUUGUUGCCCGGUGGCAGAAUAUUGUUGGAACUGGUUCCUUGAAAGAAUAAAUUGGGUGAUAGCUAAAAAUGAAAGACUAAUUGACUUCAUUCUUGCUUGGCCAAACAGACAAAAGACAAAAUGGUGUGAUUUAUGGUUAAAUGGACCAUCCUUAAUAGUAUGGCACAUCUGGAAGGAAAGGAACCGAAGAAUUUUCAAAGAGGCAUCAUUGCCACAAUUCAUGCUUGUGGAAAAAAUCAAAACUUCAAUAGAGGAAGUAUUAAAUGGAAAGAAAAUAAAAGGCAAUCCUAAAGUAUAUACUAAUUGGGAUGCACUAAUGGAGAAACGAUGGGCUCUUAAAGAACCACAAUUAUAUGUCCCUUUGAUAAAGCAUCUAGAUAGAAAAGCAAUCAGAUGGAAGGCCCCUCCAAUGGAUUGGACAAAAUUAAACUUCGACAGUGCCAGUAAGGGGAACCCGGGAGAAUCCAAUAUAGAAGCCAUAAUCCGAGAUGAGCAGGGCAAUAUCCUUCAUGGGUUGUUUGGUGGCAUUGGAGUUGCCACAAACAAUGAACCUAAGAUUUGUGCACUAGAGGUUGGACUCUGUCUUUGUAUUAGGCAAGGACUCUCUCGAAUCAUAAUAGUGGGUGACUCGCAUAUUAUAAUAAAUGGGAUCAGUUGGUCAAUUUUACAUAACUGGAAGCUUAAUAAAUGGGUACCAAUGAUAAACGAGCAUCUAAUAACAAUUGAGAGCUACAAGAUUGGGCAUGUCUACAGAGAAGGCAAUCAAGUGGUUGAUUACCUUGCGAACCUUGGAGUUGGAGAAAAUGAUGACCCUAUUUAUUUUAGCCAAGCAUCUGCUACGGAGGAUAUCAAAGGACAAUGUAUGAAGGACUACCAAAGAUAUCCACAACAGGGUAUCGGGUAG